AUGGUGGCCACCGCUAGAGUGCGGAAGCUCCUCCGACGAUACAAACUCGCGAUUGCGGUCGCUUUUAUGAUCCUCCUCGUUCAAGCUCUGGUCGUGUGGAGCCUGAAAAGUCUGGAAGACAGCGAGACGGGGAAAAAAACUAGAAGAUCGAAACUGCCUGACAACAGCCAGGACUUGUUGAAUGAUGCCACAAUUUUUGCGAGACACAGCCAAUGGCCUAAGAGUUACAGGGGCUUAUGGAGCAGCAGGCUGGAAAGGAAGGGGGACACAGCAACCAGCGCACCAAGACUGGGGACCAGCCAACUACAAGGAAAGCCAGGCAUCAUUCCGAAGAAUCCCCUCGAGCAGGGCCAAACGGGGACAGCCUUGGACGGAGGGGCACCUCAUGACCCAUCUAGUAACUUAAAUGAUAUCAAAGGUGGUGGUGCUGCGUUUCCAGGGGACCCAGGCAGCGUAGAUGGGGCACAGCAAGCUUCCGGCAUUGGUUUUGAGCCCAAAUGUACCAUCAUGAACAAGGAUGCCUGGUCUGCUUUACGCCGUGCAGUCACCAAUCAGUGUCGACAGGAGAUCGCCGACAUUGUGUGCCUGCAUGAGGCCGGGGUGCUCUUACCACAUGCCUUGCCACGAUUCUGCCCUCCUAUCAAUUCGUCAAGUCCCGAGGAGGCACUUGACGUCGAGCUGGACAACAGCCUGGCCGAUGAAGAAAACCCUGUCCGGAUAGCUUUUGUCAUAAUGGUCCACGGCCGCGCUGUACGACAAGUCAAGCGUAUCUUAAAAGCAAUAUACCACUCUGAUCACUUCUACUACAUCCAUGUAGAUCAGAGGUCAGACUACAUGCAUCGGGAGGUCCUCAAAAUAGCCGAGCAGUACCCAAAUGUGCGUGUGACGCCCUGGAGAAUGGUGACCAUCUGGGGUGGUGUCGGUCUGCUAAAGGCGUACCUCCGCGUCAUGGAGGACUUCGUCGCUAUGCCGGAUGUGAAAUGGGAUUUUUUUAUUAAUCUCAGUGGCACAGACUUUCCCACCAGGACUAUUGGUGAGCUGGUUGACUUUUUAGGACCAUACAAAGGCAAGAACUUCCUUAAGGCCCAUGGCAGAGAGGUUAGCCGGUUUAUCAAUAGGCAAGGGAUUGAUCGUCUCUUCUACGAGUGUGAUAACCACAUGUGGCGUGUUGGAGUGCGCAACAUUCCAGAAGGCAUAGAAAUCUCAGGCGGCUCAGAUUGGUUUGCACUCAGCCACCAAUUUGUGGACUAUAUCGCCACCUCAGAGGAUGACUUGGUGUCUGGACUAAAGCUGUUCUACUCCUAUACUUUACUCCCAGCUGAAUCCUUCUUCCAUACCUUGCUUUUGAACAGUCACUUGUGUCACACCUUCAUCGACAACAACCUUCGUGCAACCAACUGGAUUCGCAAACUAGGCUGUAAAUGCCAGUACAGGCACAUUGUGGAUUGGUGUGGCUGCUCUCCCAAUGACUACAAACCUCGCGAACUCAUGCGUAUCCAUCAAAUGUCCCGACCAACAUUCUUUGCACGCAAGUUUGAGUCGUUAGUUAACCAGGAAGCAAUGGAGAUUAUGGACACCCAUCUGUACGGUCAGUACGCACCAGGCACUGUUGCCGUCAAAGCGUACUGGGAGAACAAGUAUGAGCAGCUGGAUGGAUUGCACUCGCUCACUGACGUGGCACUCACUGCUUACACUUCUUUAAUCCGCCUGGGUCUGAAAAAUCUUGCGACAUCUCAACAGACCUGCUGGUUUGAACCUAUAGGCUACCCUUCGUCAGUGUACCUGUACUUCUAUGACGACCACUUUAAAGGGUACUUAAUACAACAGGAGGUUCAGACUGGGGGAUCAAAAGAAAAGGAGUCAAUCCAGAUAUGGGCUGCGCCCCAGGUUAAGUUGAAAAUUGAGCGGUAUCUUCCAGAAUUUGAAAGGCUGAGAAAUGUGCAGGUCAGCACAGAGUGGGAUCCAAAAGAACGAAUAUUGCGUAAUUUUGGCGGGAUCAUUGGUCCGUUUGAUGAACCAUACUCUGUUCAGCAUUGGGGUCGCGGGACCAACAUGACAGUUACUAUGGUGUGGAUUGAUCCUGCCCUGGUGGUGGCAGCCUCUUAUGAUGUCAAAGUGGAUACGGAAGCAGAAUUUACACUGCACAAGCCUCCACUGAAGCGCCCCCUACGGCCUGGCAUUUGGUCGUUACGUGUACUGAAACAGUGGGAGCAGAUGGCAGAAUUUCAAUUCCUUGUCAUCCCUUUGAACUUUAAAAAGAAGGAGCCACUCAAAGAGGAGGACAGCUUGGCAGUGCAUUCAGGUCCAUCUGGAAAUUUUUACACGGAUCAGAGCUUUGAUCACCUGAGUUCCAUCCUGCAGCUACCACCUCAGGAGCCCGCCAUGCUCGAAGCUCAACAAAAUGCCAAAUUGGUGGGGCCUGCCCUUGAAGCGUGGAUUGACGGCUCUGUGGAAACCCUCUGGGUUGUUAACGAGAUGUGCGCCACAGAAAAAUCAUCCUGCGCAGCCUUGCCGCUUUGCUCCAAAACAUCGUGGAGCUCCCUGUCCCCGGACCCUAAGUCUGAACUAGGCCCAGUCAAAAGUGACGGGAGAAUCAGGUAA